CAUAACAUCCUGUUUUGUUUUUUGUUUUCAAAUACAGACCCACAGGAUGACAAUAAAAUUGGCAUUGAUGGAAUUCAGCAAUUUUGUGAUGAUUUAAGUCUGGACCCUGCUAGUAUCAGUGUUUUGGUCAUAGCAUGGAAAUUCCGGGCAGCCACUCAGUGUGAAUUCAGUAAAAAAGAAUUUGUAGAUGGCAUGAUGGAGCUGGGGUGUGAUACCACAGACAAGUUAAAAACUCUUUUGCCAAGACUGGAACAAGAAUUAAAGGAUCCAAUGAAGUUUAAAGAUUUUUAUCAGUUUACUUUUAACUUUGCUAAAAACCCUGGGCAAAAAGGUUUAGAUCUAGAAAUGGCAAUUGCAUAUUGGAAUUUAGUGUUAUCAGGAAGAUUUAAAUUUUUAGAUCUUUGGAAUAAAUUUUUAUUGGAGCAUCAUAAAAGAUCAAUCCCUAAGGAUACUUGGAACCUACUUUUAGACUUUGGAAAUAUGAUUGCAGAUGAUAUGUCAAACUAUGAUGAAGAAGGAGCGUGGCCAGUCCUAAUAGAUGAUUUUGUGGAAUAUGCAAGACCAGUAGUCACAGGAGGAAAACGUAAAGCUUCCUAACCAUGACUUCUCAGUGGACUAAUUUUGCAGUCUGAACUGCAUCGGGUAAUGAAGACUUUUGGCCAAUAACUGUGCACACACUGUCUCUGAUUUCAAAAGUUGAGGUGGGAUGCCACUGACAAAACAGAAAUCGCUACUUCUGCUGCAAGAAAAUGAUGGCUGACUCAUGGACACUACAAGAAGAAAUUCAAAAGAUAGCUCAGGCUAUCUGUAGGAUACUGGCUUCAAUUACUGUACUGGUUGUAUUAUAUAGGAUGUAGAUUUUGCAUGAUUUUAUACUUUGGAAAAGUUUAACUCGAGGCCAUUUUAGUAAAAUUUUAACAGCACAGCAUGCCAUUCAGUUCAUAAUACAGGGUGAACACCAGCAGUUACAUAAAUACAACUGUAUUAUAUUGUACUUAUAUUAAAAGCAGUAUUUGUGAUAUAUAAAUUAAAUCUCUAAAU